AUCCAAAGUACUUUGAUAAGUUUGAUUAGUGUUUUUCUCAGUCUCACUAACCACCACCACCUCUUCACCUUCACUAUCAACUCUGUCUUCCUUCAUUUCCGACUAAUGUUGAUACGAAUCCUUGCUAGAGCAAAAAUUCCAUUUUUAUCCCCUCUAAUUCUUCAUCAAUUGAACAAAACAUUUCCCAUUAAUCAGCCUUUAACCUCAUUGUUAAACCCUAAUUUAUCGAGCUUGGGUUCGAAUGAUAUAGCAAAACCAACAAAUGGGUUUUCCUUAAUUUUGGAGAGAGAAUACCACGAUGGUAGACCAAGAGGUCCUCUUUGGAGGGGUAAGAAGUUAAUUGGCAAAGAGGCUCUUUUUGUAAUUCUGGGUUUGAAGAGGUUUAAAGAUGAUGAAGAGAAGCUUGAUAAAUUUGUCAAAAAUCAUGUGUUGAGGCUUCUGAAGAUGGAUAUGAUUGCUGUUCUUUCUGAACUUCAGCGACAAGAUGAGGUUUCUUUGGCCCUCAAGGUGUUUAGAGUAAUUCAAAAACAGGACUGGUAUCAUCCUGAUACCUAUCUUUAUAAGGACUUGAUUAUUGCAAUGGCGAGAUCUAAAAGAAUGGAUGACGUGACAACACUUUGGGAAGACAUGAAAAAAGAGAAGUUGUUUCCUGAUUCUCAAACAUACACUGAAGUCAUCAGAGGCUUCUUAAGAGAUGGUUCCCCUGCAGAUGCUAUGAACAUCUACGAGGACAUGCUGAAGGCUCCAGAACUUCCAGCAGAACUGCCAUUUAGGAUAUUAAUGAAAGGUCUUUUGCCACAUCCUCUUUUGAGAAACAAAGUUAAGAAGGAUUUUGAGGAACUAUUUCCCGAGCAUUCUGUGUAUGAUCCACCUCAAGAGAUAUUCGGAAUGCGAUGAGGGCAUAUCUAUUUUCCUAUUUUUCAAUGAUCCUGAAUCUAUUUUGGGUUGGAUCAGAUUUUGACUGAAGUGAAGAAGGCUAAAAAAGCCAUGAACAAAAUUGGCUUCGGAGGUACAGUGAAAGCAAGCGUCGGGUCUUCAUGAGAGGAUUAUAAUUUUGGCUCUGGGAGGAGCAUGAUUGCCUGACAAGGGUCUGCAUUUGUUGUUUUUCUGUAUGAACAUCCUGUUAGCUGCUCCUGUUUUUGCCCUAUAGGUGAUCUGCAUAUCUCUCAGUGGUGGGGAUCUUGAGAAAAUUUCUUAUGGAGCUGAAAAUAUUUUAGUCUUUGUAUUAACAAAACCAUAGAAGUAGAAAGUUAUUAGAAGGUACAAGAAUAUGUUUUUUAAAAUUCAAUGAAGGAUAUAUGACAAAAUUUUACUCC